AGACUACAAGUAAUAUCCUCAUGCUAUUGCCUCCCCUUCUCCCUUACUGAAUGUAAAUGUAACAGUACCCAUGGAUGGUGUUGUUAAAAACAUGCAGUCCAAACCCCCAGGCCAGUGGUUAAAAGACCAGCAAAGAGCAGUGUGGAAGUUAACUGAACUCUCUCAACACUCCACUGAUGCUGGUGUAGGGUCAUUAAGGGCUAAAUUUGAUGUAGCAGCUGGUCCUUCUACCCCGGCUACUGUGUCAGCCCAGUUCAACUGUGAAGGAACAACUGUCUCAGGCUUGGAAUUUAAUCUUGUUGGCUCAGGAUACAGAGUUUCUCUCAUUAAGAAGAGAUUUGUUUCAGGCAAAUACAUAUGUGAUGCAGAUGCUGUGUUGAGAUUGCGCUAUGGCUCAUUUCCAAGUUAGUGCUAAGUAACAUAAAAAAAAUUUUUUUCUUUCUUUUCUUUUUUCUUUUCUUUUCUUUCUGUAUAUCACUAAUAAAAAUAAAUGAAGACUUUA